AUGGCGGUGUCUUUACGUCUCUUCGCGUCCGCUGGGAAAUGUUUACUACGCAGAUCAUUAUUAGAGAAAAAUAGGAUCAACCGAUUCAGACUCUUAUCUACACAAGCCGCUCACCAAGUAGCUUUAAAUGUACCUGAAACUAAGGUGACCACUUUGGAAAAUGGGCUACGUGUGUCUUCUGAGGACUCCGGUCUUUCCACGUGUACAGUCGGCCUGUGGAUUGACGCUGGCAGUCGUUAUGAGAACGAGAGAAAUAACGGCACAGCUCAUUUUCUGGAGCACAUGGCAUUUAAGGGCACCAGAAAACGCUCACAGCUGGACCUGGAGUUAGAAAUUGAGAACAUGGGUGCACACCUAAACGCGUACACAUCCCGGGAACAGACAGUGUAUUAUGCUAAAGCCUUCUCAAAGGAUCUUCCACAAGCUGUCGAGAUCCUAGCUGACAUCAUCCAGAACAGCACACUAGGCGAAGCGGAGAUCGAGCGUGAACGGGGUGUGAUACUCCGGGAGAUGCAGGAAGUGGAGACCAAUCUUCAGGAAGUGGUUUUUGAUUACUUGCAUGCUACAGCAUACCAGUCCACGGCGCUGGGGAGGACCAUCCUGGGUCCUACAGAGAAUAUCAAGACGAUAAAUAGAGGAGAUCUGGUUGAGUAUAUUACAACCCACUACAAAGGUCCGAGAAUAGUACUGGCAGCAGCUGGAGGAGUUUCUCACAAUGAGCUAAUUGAUCUAGCCAAGUAUCACUUUGGUAAGCUCCCUGGCCGAUACGCUGCCGAUGUGCCGCCGGCGUGUCCCUUCACAGGAAGUGAGAUUCGCGUGCGCGACGACAAAAUGCCGUUGGCGCAUAUCGCUAUUGCCGUGGAGGCUGUUGGCUGGUCUCAUCCUGAUACUAUUCCCCUUAUGGUGGCCAAUACGCUCAUUGGGAACUGGGAUCGGUCAUUUGGCGGAGGAGUUAAUCUUUCCAGUAAAUUAGCUCAGAUGGCCUGUCAGGGGAACCUAUGCCACAGCUUCCAGUCCUUCAACACCUGCUACACUGACACAGGCCUUUGGGGGCUGUACAUGGUGUGUGAACCCGGCACUAUCAACGACAUGAUGCACUUUACUCAGAAAGAAUGGAUGUCACUUUGUACCAGUGUAACUGAAGCCGAGGUGGCACGAGCAAAGAAUCUCCUCAAGACCAACAUGUUACUGCAUCUUGAUGGCUCCACCCCUAUCUGCGAGGACAUCGGUAGACAAAUGUUGUGCUACGGUCGUAGAAUCCCUUUGCAUGAGCUUGAAAUUCGAAUUGACGCUAUCGAUGCUGACACCAUCAAGGACGUGUGCACCAAAUACAUCUUUAACAAAGCUCCCGCCAUCGCAGCUGUUGGUCCGAUUGAGCAGCUUCCCGACUACAACCAGAUCCGCGGCGGAAUGUUUUGGAUGAGGAACUGA